AUGGCCAUCGCCGAGCACACAGAACCCUACAUCUCCAACAUGUGCAAGUGGGACGUCAAAUACGAUGCCAAGACCAACGAGCGCAAGGCGCUUGUAGUCAAGGACUGCGGCGACAAUCUUUUUGGUGGAAGCAGAGAUGAGAAACAAGAACAAAAAAAACUGAGGCGAGAACUCCACGGCCCGGCUGCCACAUAA